AUGCUCGACGAAAGUACCGGUAAUUUCAGUUCAACGCGUAAUGUCUACGACUGGUAUGUGUUGUGCGAUAAGUGGUGGCGAUUGGCCACUACCUCCAAGUACCAGACGGCCACUCACGUGAUCCUCAAUAUAAUGAUCAAAAACCUGAAGGAGAGUGACGUGAAGGUGAAGCUAAUCGACGAGACACUG